AUGAUACACCUCCCCGACGAGCUGAUCCUCCACAUCAUCUCCUACCUCGAACCUUCGGAGCUCGUCGCCCUCCAACACGUGUCGCGCCGCUUCCUCAACCUCUCACGCGACAACAACCUCUGGAAGUCGCUAUGCUUCACCCACUCGACCGCUGAGCGCCGUCGCCGCCGCCUCGAAAUCACCACCGACAUCGACCCCCGCCUCGCCGAGCUGAUACGCGCCGCCGACACCCUUGCCAACACCUUCGAUAUCUCUGUUCACGACGAGAGCGCGCCAAGUGCUGAGUCACAGCAGGAGCGCAAUCAGGAAAAGCGCAGGCAGGCGCUGAUCGCGAACUGGGAUCCUAGUUACCCUGACGAGAAGGUGAAUUGGUACCAGGACUUCAUACAGCGCCAUGCCGAGCAGAAGAUUAGCUGGUUCCAGGAUGCUGGGAUGGAGGAGAGGGACGAGGGUGUCAUAAGGAGGGAGGCUACGGGUGCAGGUGUUCUAUUCGACGACGAUGGCUUAGCAGACAAGCUCAUCGCCCCCCUCGACGAUGGCAGUAUCAGCAUCUGGGACGCCUCAGCGAGCAGCGACCGACAGGGCAAGAUAAUAGCGAAGAGCGACAUCGGGCUGUUGCCAGGCAGAGGCUCAGACCUCGACUACGACACGCGCCUCACACAAAGCCAAGCCAUCAUGACGGAAACCGGUGCCGUAGAAUGCGUAAGCAUCGACAGCAAACUCCACAAAGGCUUCUUCGCCGUCAAAAACGCCCUCAACGAAGUCGACCUCAACACCCUCCAAGUCGUCUCACGAACACCCUAUCCCUUCCCCAUCACCGCCCUCUCCGAAGCCCACCACCGCACCCCCCUCACGGUCGGCACAAACUGGACGCUGCACCUCCACGACUCGCGCAAACCUCCCACCCCACCUUCCUCCGUCCGCUGCGAACUCAUCGGCGGCCCAACCGACAGCGACUUCUCGCGCCUCGACACCGGCGACUUCGACGGCCACGUCUCGCUCUCCCAACCGGGUGCGCUGUCCAUACUUCACCUACCUACAACGCGCGACUGGGAUGGAAACGGCGAUAUCUGGGUCGCAGGACGCUUCACCAGCAUGUUGAACUUUGACCGGCGGUCUUUCCCACGACUACGCGGUACUGUGCAUUCUGGCGCGAGACUGUCUUGUAUCACGGCUAUACCGCAUCCCUUCGUACCACACGAUCUGAGAUUGGGUAGACCGUAUAGCAGUCCGGCAUUGUUGCGCGACGCGAAAUCUACACCGGGAUAUACGUUGAUCGCAGCGGGUGAAUACAAAGGCAAAGGCUCGCUCGAACUAUACGGCCUCUCAAACGAACCGUCUCGUUCUAUCAACUCGAGCGACAGCCGCACGACGCGCAACCAGAAAGCGUAUUAUCAGAAUCGUCAGACGGCUAGUAGCUCCAAGUUGUUGGCUGUGGCGCCGCAGGGCACGCGACUUGUUUUCUCGGAUGGAGAUGGGAAUUUGAAGUGGGUGGAACGGGAUGGGAGUACGCCUGUGCGGCAGUUCAAUAUUAAUGAUUUUCAGAGGGGUAAGGAUGGGGAGGGUGUGACGCAACAUCAGCAUCAUAGUAGUCUUGUGAAUGCGACGCCGGACUCGGAGGCGGGAUGGGGGGAUAUUGUGCAGAAGAUUUUGCCUACGACGAAUGCCUCCUUGCUUACACCUUACUCUCCGGCUUCUUCUGGGACUGAGUCUCUCGGUCUGAAUAACCUUGUUCUGUGGACUGGAGACGGGAAACUGGGUCUGCUGGGCUUUGGCAAGGAACCGCCGAUGGCGAGGGAUGUUUUUGAGGAUGCGUUGGAGAGGCAGGGUGAUGGGGAGGAGGGAGGGGAGAAGAUGAGGGAGAGAAUGUAUGGGGUUGAGAUGAGGAGGGCGCUUGAACAUCAGGCUAGGGAGUUGAGGUGGUUGAGGGGUACUUCGGCGCCUCCAGUACCUCCUCCUCAACCACCGAAAAUGUCAGUCAACGCUUACGCCUCACCCAUUGCUCUCGGCGACUCGAAACGCGCGAACCCAGACAAACACUCCUUCCUGGAGCUACCAGGCGAAAUCCGCAAUCAGAUCUACGAUUACGUUGUCAAAUGUCCGACACCGCUUGAAGUAAAAUACUACGGAAUAGAGCCUUGGACUUGCGAUCUGGGUCUAUAUUUCAACGGCCAGUCACGCAUCCCGAUCAAUCUCUUCCUCUCCUGUCGAAAGAUAUACCAUGAGGCCGCUUCAUCUUUCUACGCCAACAAUACAUUUACCUUGAAACCGGAUAUCAGACGUUCAACAUACCACUCCUACGCUGAGAUAUCCAGCACCUUAAUCACUCGCUUAGGCACUCAAGCCCGAUGGCUCGCCAAGAUGGAACUUGAUGUGAGCUCCCUAGCAGAUUACCGAUAUCGCAGAUGUGACGAGGGGCUUGGCUUCGUAUUCAACGAUUGGACCGAGCUUUUCGAUGUUACUACUCUCCUUCGCGCUAUCUGGAGUCGAGACUCGCCGUGCCCAGGUCGUUUCCAAGCGAACCCUGAUUACCUGACAGACUUCACCGCUGAAGACAACGGUUCUCUGCUCAAGCUUAUCUCGCAACGUAGCAAACCCUUAACUUUGCUCACCCUCCCUGAUUCUAUCCAGGACCGCAUCUUCAGCAUAGUCGUACAUCCCAUCGAGGGAACAAGCAUCGAUCUUGACAAUGACACGAAAUUCGAUUGCGCACUCAUCCACGUCAACAGACACUUCUACCGCACUUGGCGCGACAAGUUUCUCUUCGAGAACAAGUUCGUGUUGACCAUGAGCACAAAGCAGCUACAAACGACAUUCGACGACUUUAACCACCUCCGAGUCUUUCUCCGCAAGACCUACAUGCCCAAAUCGACCUACUCAAAUGGAGAGCCAGACACCAUCACCGCGAGGAUCGUCACCCGGGACAAGGUGCAUCAACAGCCCGGUCCCUCAUACGUUCUUCGUUUUGAACUCGACGGGGCGGUCUCGCUUGCCGAUUCACAAUCCAAAUUUGGACCACGUCUGGCACUGACGGACCAGCAACCAUGA